AUGAAGGGCAAGGACACCACCAUGGACAUCACUGUCUCACUGUGGCUCCCAUCAACAGCUGCCAUGAACAAGGUCCAUCCGUCCCUGGGUGCCAUCAUCGCGGACGUGGCUAGUCAGGUGCUCCUGGGCUCCGGUCUCACCGUCCUGUCCCAACCGCUCAUGUACAUGAAGGUGCUCAUCCAGGUGGGAUAUGAGCCUCUUCCUUCAACAAUUGGACGGAAUAUUUUUGGGCGGCGAGUAUGUCAGCUUCCUGGUCUCUUUUGUUAUGCUCAACACAUCGCCAGCAUCGACGGGAAGUGUGGGCUGUUCACAGGCCUAACCCCCAGACUGUGCUCUGGGGUCCUGGGAACAGUGAUCCACGGUAAAGUGUUGCAGCAUUACCAGGACUGUGAUAAGCCUGAGGAAAUAAGUUCUGGAAAUGUCCAGAAAGAUGCCUCAUCUUCCUUUGAUCGAGUUAUUAAGGAGACGACUGGAGAGAUGAUGGCUCGUUCUGCUGCUACCCUCAUCACACAUCCCUUCAAUGUUAUCACUCUGAGGUCAAUGGUACAGUUCAUCAGCAGAGAAUCCAAAUACUGUGGACUUGGCGACUCCAUAGUGACCAUCUAUCGAGAAGAGGGCAUCCUAAGGUUUUUUGCUGGAGUUUCCACCAUGAGUGAAAUGAGUUAUUCCCAGGCUGUCACUGGCUUUUUUGUCAGUAUGUUGACCUAUCUUUUCAUGCUUGUCUCUAACCUGAUGGCUGUCAACAACUGUGGGAUUUCUGGUGGAUGCCCUCCCUACUCCCCAAUAUUUACAUCUUGGAUAGAUUGUUGGUGCAUGCUGCAGAAAGAUGGAAAUAUGGGCCGAGGAAGUAGCUUGUUCUUCUGGAAGGUCCCCUUUGGGAAGACUUACUGUUGUGACCUGAGAAUGUUAAUUUGA